AUGGCCAGCCUCAAGCGAAGCAAAACGAUGCCAGCGGAUGGGCACACAGCCAAAUUCCUCUACACAAUCUUGAAGCAGCUCGAUCUCAAAUCGAUCGACUGGAACCUCGUGGCAUCCCAACUAGAAAUUUCAAACGGCCAUGCAGCACGAAUGCGAUUUUCUAGGUUUCGCCAACAUAUGGAAGGAAUCACCACAACUCACCGCACUCCGCGCCCCAAGAAACACAAAUCCGACAAAGCGCAAUUGAGAAAAGAGCAACAAUUUAGCAAGGCCAAAAUAGAAGCCACCGUAAAAACGGAGCAGGCAGUUAAACAAGAACUAGGACCAGAACCAGACAUGGCUGCUCAGCCAGCCCACGCGAAGGUCUUGCCAAUGGACAUUAUUGCGACGUCGUCCCCCUCAGAACAAUUGCCCUACUUUGUGACAACGGUUGCGCCGGCCGAUCUCGCCCUCCCCUUUGCGGCCAGUAACCCACCGAUCAGGUUUCAAAGCCCACCAUCAGCAGUCAGAGACUGGAGCCGAAUCAAUAUGGAAAAGUGUGAGGACGCGACACACACCCUACUUAAUGGAUUUGUGAAACAGGAAUAA